AUGGCCUCACUCAAAAAAGCUCCCGUCUUGUUCUAUCUAGGAACAUUCUCCGGCGAAACCACCCACGGAUUCCUCGACCCCGUCACGGGGCGCCUCGAUGUGGUGCGAAUCCCCGAGCUCCAGUGUCAACUUGACUGUCUCGCCUCCAAGCACGGAUGGCUCCUCCUCUCGUCGAGAGAGAUCUCGUCCAUCUUCCUCUUCAACCCGAUAACCCGAGAUCGAAUCGACCUCCCUCGGCGUAACCGGCUUAUAAGCGCGGGGACAUUCACCGCGGCUCCCACGUCCUCGGAUUGCACCGUCUUCAUCAUGAGCAUGCCGAUACACCCUCUCGACAAUCGUAUCAUAAUCGACACAUUCACCGUCGGGUUGGACAGAAACUGGACCCGGCAUGGCUUUAGCCAUGUGAGUCCAGAUUUCGACUCAACCUGGCAGGUAGUCUAUGCAGAAGGCAUCUUGUAUUGUAUGGACUUGAAGGGAAGAUUAGGUACAUUCAAUGUUAAAGACGGCUCAUGGAAUGUCAUCCCUUGCAAGGAUAAGUCCAUCAAGAUAUGGAAACUCCAUCUAGUGGAACUCAAGGGAGAGAUUUUUGCAGCCAAGAGAGGACGCCGCGGGAUAGUACAAGAAUUCUUCAAGUUGAAGGUUAGAGAUGAUUUGUCCGAGUGGGAGAAAGAGGAGGUCGCCGUCGACGUUACUUACUGCUUGGGUGAUUGUGGCUCGAUGGCGAUGCCGGAACAAAAUCCAAGAGAGGGAGAGAAGAUGAAGCUGAUGGUCGCCAGUCACGAGCCGAAGUUGGACGGAUCAUGCUGCUCGAAAUCGAUUCGUGAGAAUGAUUUGUUUGGUAGUGCUUACCAUCGAGUUUGGAUUUGA